AUGGAGGACCAAACCCCCAUGGAAACGGAGUCUCAUGCUCCAGAUGGCGAAUUCCCACAUUCACCAUGGGUGGAAAUAGGUGCAUUCACCUCGCCUCAACAUUCUCCCCCGAUGCCGGAGUAUAGCGGGUUUGAUUAUGGCCCAGCGCCGCUCAUGGCCGUGGAUGGCUCUUACAACAUGUCAAUACCACCACCUUACGCUUCGAUGCCACUUCCCAUGCCUUCUCAUUCUUGGCCCAGCAUGCUCACCCACCACUCACCUUUCCAAGAAGGUGGAAUUCCGCAUGUAUCCGCUCCGACUUCGGUAUCGCCAUCCGCUCCCAUGCCUCAAGUGCGAAAAACCUCAACUGGAGGUUCCACGCCACGCAGGACGCUUACCGAUGAUGAUCGCCGUCAAAUGUGCCUAUAUCACGAGGAAAAUAAAACCGCCAAGCAGACUGAUAUUGGAGCAUUGUUCGGUGUUGAAAGAAGUACGGUUUCAAAGGUACUCCGCCAAAAGGAGAAAUACCUCAACCCUGACGAUGGGAGUCGAUCUCCCAUUAAACGAGCAAAGGGCCGAGUCCCUGAUAUUGAAAAAGCCCUGGCCAACUGGGCAAGAAAUUACCACCGCCACGGUUAUCCAUUGAGUGAUGAGAUGAUCAAAGAGAAAGCUCUCUUCUUUGCUAGCACCUGUGGCUGCCCCGAGGGCAAGGAAAAGGUGCUGACUGCAGCCUGGCUUGAAAAGUUCAAGCACAGAAACAACCUACUCGGUGCAAAGGUGCGCAGAGGGUCUGCCGAUAUACGCAGCGGAUCAAACAGCCCAACCCGUAUCAACACAGACUUCUCUACAGGCUCUGCCCUUCAAAGCCCUACAGGGCCUUCUCCCACCUCGCCGAUUGAUGGCUUUGGAUCCCCACUGUCUCCAACCCUGAGUCCAGAAGGAAUCAAACGGGAUAUUGCUGAUGCACUGCCCGACCUGACAGGCGGUUACCAACACAACUACUCCAAGAGUACGACGUCGCUGGACACAACAUCCUCAGCAGGCAUGAUUAGCCCAACAUCAACCCUUCUCUCCGAAAGCCCCUUCACACCAACAAGCCAGUCGCGCCUCCCAAUCAACAGCCACAACAAUAACCGCCCGCGCAGCCAGACCUUUCCUCUUGUGCCUAUCGACCCAACGCUUCUGACGGCAGAUGCAACAAUGGACCACAAACACACAAAGCGUGAGCUUCAACAAUCCCUUUCGGUGCAAACCCUACAAUCCCCGCUGGAAAUGGGCGACGACGAAUCGAAGCCCAUUGGUCUGGAUCAAACAAAUGUUAUCAAACGCAACCGCAGCAAUCCAGAAAUCAAGCAAAUUUCCAUGCCGCCUCCGUCCAAGUCAACAACAAUCUCCCCUAUCAGCUCCCCAGGCUCUCCAACCCAGGACGAGGCCCGACGAGCCUUGGAACUGGUGAUGAGCUACUUCGAGCACCAGCCAGCUGGCCUUGCCGCACAAGAGUUCAUAACCAUCGGUAAGCUACUGGAGCGGUUGGAUCUUGCAAAGAGCCAAUCUGGCCCCCUGUUCAGUGGCUUGCCGCGCAUUGAUGAGCAAGAGGAUAUUGCCCCGCGUGUGACCAAGAAGAGGAGCAUCCAUAACAUGGGUUGA